AUGAGUAGGACAUCAUAUUUACCACAUAUAAUCUACUCCGUCGCUCUCACUUCCGUUUCCAUCCAUCUGCUUUGGCAACGCAAAACCGCCGAAGCUCAGAAAGCUUCGGUCCUCGCCCAAACGUCCAUUCUCGAGGACAUAGCUCAGCGCUUACGCUCCAACGACGACCUAUCCGACGAAGAAUACACAAGGUUGCGGAACCUAGCGCGCAAGAAGGGGGAAGCGGUGUUCAAUCCUGCGGAAGUGAAGAACGAGGAGAUCGGGUGGAAAGAUGUUUUCCUCGGGAAGAAGAUCGAGGAAGAGCAGGCCACAAAGAUAGCCGAGUUGGAGCGGUUGGAAUGGGAGAAGUUACGAGCGGAAUUCAAGGACUUGGAUUCCCAACCGUGAAGUUAAUCAGAGUAGCCGGGAUCAUCUUUUGUCACCUUCGCUUUUGGACCUCGCUUCUUCCUCCCGUGACCCGCACUUAGCUUGUGAGUAGCAGGUUCACGUCUCGGAGUUGGACUCAGUAAUCUAGGUAUCUAUAUGGUAGUGUAAUGGAGACGUGGCGAUCGAUGAAUAUGCUAUCGUCGGGAGCCCAUACAUUCCUGCGUCACUCAAGAUGCGAAAUAAUAAUUCUCAGCGAGUUAGCAGGUCGUUCACUCUGAAACGUCGUGCCGAAGAUCUCUCCGCGGAC